GAAGUUGGUGUGUUAAUGGGAUGUACUUUCGUGAGAAUUUAAGGAUUUGGACUCUUCUAUGCACCGUGAAAUGUAAAACUGAAUGCUCAGGCGUAGCUACCAGGUGGUUUCUCUUACUUGAUUUUGUUUUGUGUUUGCUCUUAAAUCUGUUUUACAUUGCGCAAUUUUUGCACAAAUGCAUUGAGUCAGUGUUCCUACCUGACUUUGCAGAUUAGGAACAGAUCGUGCCGUACUAGGACCUGCCCAUAAACUCUUCCUGGAGGGCGGGCGGGUGGUGCGCGCCCGGCGGCGAAGAGAAUUGGCCCUCCGCAGCCACCGUAAGGCCCGCCCAAUCAGGGCUCCGCGGGAAGAGGCGGGCUGGAGUGGCGCGCGCUGCGCUGCUGGCUGUAUUGCGGGGAUUUCGGCAUGGAGGAAAUUUAUGCCAAGUUCGUGUCUCAGAAAAUCAGCAAAACCCGCUGGCGACCGGUACCUUCGGGGAGUUUGCAGACCGCGGAGACCUUCGCUACGGGCUCUUGGGACAACGAGGAAAAUCGUGUCUUAUUGUGGUCUAUUGGCGAUUUGGGGAACUUGGACUCUGAUGGAGGGUUUGAAGGAGACCACCAGGUAUUGUGCGGUACCAGGCACUACGGUGACGUUAUGGAUUUACAAUUUUUCGACCAGGAAAGAAUUGUAGCUGCUUCGUCAACAGGAUGUGUUACAGUUUUCCUUCACCAUCCCAACAACCAGACUCUGUCAGUCAGCCAGCAGUGGACAACAGCUCACUACCACACGGGUCCAGGCAAUCCUUCCUGUAGCAGUGCACCAUGCACAGGUGUUGUGUGCAAUAGCCCAGAGAUUGUCACAGUUGGAGAAGAUGGUCGAAUAAAUCUCUUCAGAGUUGAUCACAAGGAAGCUGUGAGAACUAUAGACAAUGCAGAUAGCAGUACACUGCAUGCUGUAACCUUCCUUCGAACUCCUGAGAUUCUUACAGUAAAUUCAAUUGGACAAUUAAAAAUAUGGGAUUUCAGACAACAAGGAAAUGAGCCCUCUCAAAUAUUAUCACUGACUGGUGACCGAGUGCCACUCCACUGUGUUGAUAGACAUCCCAACCAGCAGCAUGUUGUAGCUACUGGGGGCCAGGAUGGAAUGUUGAGUAUUUGGGAUGUUAGACAAGGUACUAUGCCUGUGUCUCUGCUGAAGGCUCAUGAAGCUGAAAUGUGGGAAGUUCACUUUCACCCAUCCAACCCAGAUCAUCUAUUUACCUGUUCUGAAGAUGGAUCCCUGUGGCAUUGGGAUGCCUCCACAGAUGUGCCUGAAAAAUCAUCACUCUUUCACCAGGGAGGAAGAAAUAGUACAUUUUUGUCUCAUAGCAUUAGUAACCAGGCUAAUGUUCACCAGUCUCUUAUAAGCUCCUGGCUCAGCACUGAUCCUGCGAGAGACCGGAUUGAGAUCACAAGCUUGCUUCCCAACAGGACUUUGUCUGUGAACAGUUUGGAUGUUUUAGGUCCUUGUCUUGUUUGUGGAACCGAUUCAGAAGCAAUUUAUGUUACUAGACAACUUUUUUCAUGAAAAUACUAUAAUUACAAGAUACCAGGUAAAAACAUACAGAUAGCCUUUCAAAUUCCAACUUCUCUGCAAACUUUUAUUAAUGAACAAUGUGACGUUUGUAGUAAACUCAUUAAUGGCAAUGCCCAGGUUUGUAUUUUGUUAGCUGGAUAGUCUUCUAACAGUUGCAGAAUCUGUUAGGUGACUGAUGGCACAGGAACGGGAACUUGUGGAAGAAUGUCAGAGGGAUCCUCGUGUUGAUGAAUACACUGCCUUCAGACACCCUCCUGGACAGCUCGUGGAAGCUGCUCUUCUUUUCUGAUGUGAGCUGUCAAAUCACCAACAGGUUCCUGUCCUUGUUAUCAACAGUAUGUGGCAUUAGCCAGUGUUAGCGUUUAUUCUUUUUAUUGCAAAUGUUUUCUUCAAUCCUUUCACAUUUUAUUUCUUUAAUAAUUUUAAUAAACUUUUCCAGAAAUAAUUGAGUAGAACAAAAAACUGACAAAUUUUUUUAAAGGGGAAAAUGUUUUGACUAUGUUUGAACAGAACUCUAUCAACUGCUUAUACCCAACUUUAUUUUUCUUGAAAAGAAAAAAGAAAAUGCAUUUUUUCUUAAGGAUUUUUGCCUUUGUUUAGUUUUAUAGUGUAGUUGAAAAUUGCCAAACUGGACAUUAUGCAAUAAAAUAGAAUUUGACAUUGAUAAGUGAGCUGAUUUUGAAACUAACAUUUGAUAGGUAACAUGUAUGAGAUUAGUGUGAUAGUGUGGUAAGAGUAAAGAAUUUUGCUGUCUUUAUCCUUAUUGGAAAUGUUAAUGAUGACCUUCUAUAGUGUUUUAAGACAGUAGUAUGACAUUGUCUUUCCAUAAUGUGUUAGAUUAAAUGCAUUAUUGAAGUGUGUUCAUGUGCUUUAUAAUUCCAAUAAUAGUAAUUAUGGUAAAGUUUUGCUCUUUUCCCUUAAUAUUUUCAAAAAAUUUUAUGCCACCUUAUCUCAGGGUUUUUUGUUUUUGUUUCUUUGUCAGUAUUUAAAAAUGGAAUAUGUAUAUGAAUCUGCUUUUUUAUAUUUGGCUCAAAAAUGUUUCAUUAAAGAUAAUAAGUAACUGAAUUCCAAAUAAUUAGAAGGAAAGAAAAUGUUGCUGAUAGGAAUUUUUAAUCUGUUUAUAAUGUUAUUGCUGGGAUCAAUUUUUUAAAAUUUCUGUUAUUACAAAAGUAAUUCAUUACAGAAAAACAAAUCUUAACUACUUAUAACCUCAACUAAUAGUCUUUUAUAUUUCUUUUAUUCAUCAGUGUAUAUAAUUUGUUUUGUGAAAAUGAAAUAUAUAUUUGUAGAUGCACAUUCCCUACCAGUAAACACAUGGGUUCAAUCAUAUAAACAUAGCUAUGAAUUUUC